AUGUCAAAUGAACCGCAUGCGGGUGCAGACCCCCAGGCCAGCGGGUCUCAGGAUCUAAAUAUUACCCCUCCACAAGGCCAAGAUGGAGGAGACUCAGCGCCAGCAUCCAGCCGGUCCUCAAUGUCCUACACAAGGACAUACUCAACACCGGCAACCGGGGCACAAACCCCCGAUCCACUGAUGGGCCACAAGAUCGUGGACAAAAUCGCCCUCCAAGACCUCUCCAUCAAUGAUCUCAACCGUGAAAUCGAGAGCUAUGCCCUCGAUACAACAGGCAACAUGAAGAACAGAAAACUUCCAGACUCGGUAUCCCGACCUCAUCCCGGCACCGAUGAAGAAUCGGGAUCUCCGAUUCGCAGCAAGCAAGGCAUCCCACCCGAGCUUUCAAGCUUCACAGCCGAACUGGUCUUGAUCUUCGUCUGCUCAGUAGGUCUAAUGCUCUUCUCCUUCCUACUGGGCGACGUGCUCGCACCGCAAGAACAAAUCAAAGCAGCCCUGGGCAUCACCAACGCCGAGCUUCCCUGGGUCAUCGGCGCCUUCAACACAGCCAACGGCCUAUCGGUAAUCAUCUCCGGCUCGCUAACAGACCUACUGCCACCAAAGCUCCUGAUGGUUGGAGCCUUCGCCUGGCUCGCCAUAUGGAACCUAAUCGGCGCAUUCAGCCUCCAGCCCUCUCGCUGCGUCCUAUUCUUCAUUGUGCGCGCCAUGCAGGGUCUCUCCAUCGGCGUCCUCGUCUCAGGAAGCAUGAGCAUCCUCGGCCGCGUCUAUACACCGGGUAUUCGCAAAAACCGCGUGUUCUCCGCAAUGGCCGCUACCGCCCCGCUCGGGUUCUCCCUCGGCGCAAUCCAAGGCGGUGCCUUGUCCCGUCACCUCCCGUGGAUCUUUGGCUCAAACGCCAUUCUCUCCGUGAUCUUGUGUGUGGCUGCCUGGCUCGCUAUUCCACCCCUCCGACCCAUGGCAGAUGCAUCCGGUAAGGAAGCCCCGUCGAUCAAGCAAUUCGACUACAUCGGCGGCUUCUGCGCGGCCGGCGGCUGCGUGUGCCUUUUGUUCGGGCUAACGCAGGGCCCCGUGGCAUCCUGGUCUCCUUACACGUACGUUUUAAUCAUCGUGAGCUUUGGGCUCUUCAUCGGGCUCUUCUUCGCCGAGCGCAAUGCAGUUCGCCCUCUCAUCCCUAACCGCCUCUGGCGCACACCGGGCUUCACUCCGUUGAUGAUCGCGUACUUCCUUGGCUUCGGGUCCUUCUUCGGCUGCUGGCAGUUCUACGCAAUUCAGUUCUGGCUGCGUAUCCAACACGCUAGUCCGAUUAUUACCGCGCUGUAUAAUAUUCCCAACGCGCUAGUCGGUGUCCUGGCGACAUUGAUUGUCGCCCGCACUUUACACCUCGUUCCGGGUCACUAUAUUUACGCGGUAUCUAUGCUGGCCUUCACGUUAGGACCGGCGUUUUUCCUGCCGCAGACUGCCAACACCAGUUACUGGGCGCUUUCGUUCCCGGGUCUUAUUCUGGUAACAUUCGGGCCGGAUCUUGCUUUCGCGGCGGCUUCAAUCUUCAUUACUAGUAAUGUUGAACGGUCCUAUCAGGGGAGUGCGGGUGCUUUGUUGGUCACCAACCAGAACCUCUCGUCAGCGAUUCUGACUAGUGUUGCCGAUGCUAUUGGGACCCGUGUUGAUAAAGGCCCGUCUGGGGAAAUUGGUCUUGAUGGGCUGCGUGCUAUUUGGUGGUUUGGCCUCGCAGCGCAGUUGCUCGCUGCGUUGAUCACGAUUGUUUGGGUCCGAAUUCCGAAGGAGGAGGAGAAGGAGCACGUUACUUGA